AUCGUAAAACUGUUACGUUAUCGCCUUAAGAUCGUUAACUUAACCGAAGCGGGACGUCCGUGCCGUUCUCGUGUUUUGCUUAUCUAGCAACAGCGGGCUACAAUCAGAGUGGGAUUCUGUGUUGAGUACUGACUUGACUUCUUUGUUUGACGCACCUCUGUUUGUGUUCUUUGUGUGUCACAAUUCUGAUAUUUUCAUCUUAAAAUAAUUGCACUAUUAGAUGUCAAUAUAUAACAUUAUUUUUUGCACACACUGUACCAGCUGUUCCUGUCGAUUUGAAUAUUGUACGAUGGUUCGCCUGAACAGUGCCGAGUGACUGACUCGAUGCAUUUCUGGAUCGACAAGCGCAGCCAGACGUGUGGGUUCAGUGGCAGACAUCGUGUCCCCUCGUCCUUAGGCGGGAGUGGACGGCGGUGGCGGGGUGUCAAGCCAAUGGUGACGCCUGUCCAUCGGUUCCAAGCUGUGGAGUGUGUCGCUGGUCAGUAUGCUCACUCACACAUGCGCAGGCCGGCCCGCCACAACUGUCUACCACAGCCGACGUACAGGCUGGACGGACUGGGGGUAUCCACUGAACUGCCUGUGCGAGCUCACGCUGUCGAGUUAGACAGUUCCGUGUUCCUGGAUCUGCCCCUGGACAACACCGAGGACCAGACUCACGUGGUACUCCCGGAGUUAGAACCGGUCGGCAGACUCAAGUGUGGCAUGUGGACGUCUUUUGCUCUGGCAACCGGACUCAUUGUGGCCGCCAAGUUCUACUUUAACAAUCAGGAAACGGCUCUGGAGGUGUUGAUAUUCGCUGCACUGAUGAUAGUGUUCUUGUUGGCCGGCUGUACGAUCUCUCUAUGUCGCUCGAAGGCCACACGAGACCUCCUGUCCGCUGCAGUCACUGCUUCUGCAGCGUACGGCCCGGCCCCCCCUACUCUCACAGUGGUCCCUCCCCCACCAGAGGAGCCCCCUCAGGCCCCCCCUCCACUCACAGAGCCCCCACCACCACCUUAUCACAUCGCGAUACUACUGCCGCAACAGAUCAGUGCGGAGGAGGUUCCACCCCCCUCCUACGACAAGGCUGUCAGUUAGUUGUCAACCCUUCAAAGGUGCGGUUCUGUUACAAAGGAAUGACUGUUGAAAUUCAGUCUCCAUUUAUGAAUUUUUGUCAAAUUUUGAGAGCUUGUACGUGGUUUCACAACGUAAAUUUAAGCUUUGUUAAUAUAAAAUAAAUAGAGAUAACUUAUAUUAUUUAAUCCACCUCUGUUAAAUUUUCAUGAGUAAAACUAAAAUAACCUUAGUAAAUUUUCAAACAAUUAAUUGAAGUAUUUACUAAUCACCAAUCAGUUUCUGAAAGACAUUUGUCUACUCCAACAGCAUUGUAUGGAGCUACAGUAAUUUUGUCGUUAACCUAGAGAUUCAGAGGAUGUGGGAACAAAGCCACUUGUGCUCUCGCUCAUCGAGAGCCCAUUGUUCUUUCACUUUCAUGUCGAGGUGCAGUAAAAAGGAUUUUUCAAAUGUAGAAACAAACACGAUUUCAUUUUUUAAAUCAAAAUAUAUUUUAAGGUUCACAAUUAUAUUAACUUAAAAAAUGUAUUAUUUCAGUGUAUGUCUCUGGAAAUUAAUAAAAAAAUAGUGUUGUGUGGGUUUUUAUUUCUAAGUCAAGAAAGGGGAGAUACAAGAUUGUCCACAAUGUGUAUAAAAAUGUUUGCUGUUUGUAUACAGUAUAAUCCUCCAGGCACAGUAUUGUUUACAUUAUUAUUGCAUCAUUUUAUUAGUUAGUAACAUAAAACAUGUACAUUAAAUUUAAAGUUUAUUUUAUUUUAUAAAUUACAGAAAUAAUAUUGACCCACUGAAACAGCCUUUCUUGAAAUAACCCUUUGUUUUAUUACUGGAGGAACAUCAAUAACUUCUUAAGUGAUUGCUUCCUUUAGACUUCCAAGGUUUGUGGAUGAUUUAGAGUAAAGAUUUCAGGUAACCCCACAGGAAACAAUCUCAAGGUGUCAAGUACAGUGACCUUAGUGGCUAUACAGUGUCACUCGGUAACUAGAGGACUUUCAGGUAACCCCAAAGGAAACAAUCUCAAGGUGUCAAGUACAGUGACCUUAGUGGCUAUACAGUGUCACUCGGUAACUAGAGGACUUUCAGGUAACUCCAAAGGAAACAAUCUCAAGGUGUCAAGUACAGUGACCUUAGUGGCUAUACAGUGUCACUCUGUAACUAGAGGACUUUCAGGUAACCCCAAAGGAAACAAUCUCAAGGUGUCAAGUACAGUGACCUUAGUGGCUAUACAGUGUCACUCGGUAACUAGAGGAGAGCCAGGAAACACAAAACUGCUUCUGACUGACGACAAAUGUGGGGUGUAGCUCAAAUUUGGAUGGUGAUGAUAUUUAAUCAUGUUACAAUAAUGAUCCAAGUUAACCGGUACUGUUAGUCUUUGUCAUAAAAAAUAUGUACCCUACACACCAAACAAUAAUUCAGUCAAGGAAGCAAUCACUUAAUAUGUUACAGAUGUUCAUUUAAAAUAACACAAAGGGCUAUUAUAAACUUUUCAUUGUAUGCCAAUACUGUUGUUGGCCGUAAUACGCAAAAUUUAAUUUUAAAAAGUAAACUCCAAAUUUGAUUAGUAAUUUAUAACUAUUUUUAUAAAUUUAAUUUGAAAUGUCAAUCAAACAAUGGUAUUCAAGAGUAACAAUAUUUUUUAUCUAUUUGUUUUCGUGAUGAUGGUUACUGGACUCUUUAUCUUACAAUUUUACACUUUAAAAAGUUAUUUUUUUUUAGUUUAGCAAGAUGCCUCAUUUUUAAGGUGCAAUAAAUAUGUGUGUGUGUUCACCCAACUGGAGUUUGUGUUUUUGUUUACAGUCUAAAGUUACUUCAUCGUUUAGAGUACUCCAUUUUUGCAGUAAAGGUUUGAAUUUAAUUUUAGAGUUUUAAUGGAAACUGGGAUAUUAGUGAUAGUUAAUGAUAUUACCAUGAAAACUAAGAAGCAGUUAACAUCAAGAGCAAGACAUUCAAGCACUUAACGUUUGAAAGUGAGAACAUGGAUUAUGUACAGAGCACGGUUGUAACAGAGUAAGAGAAUAUAAAUCCAUACGGACACAUUAUACCAGCGACCAAGGAAUACCAUAGACCUGCAAUCCCUACACAUAACACAUUACCAGAGUUGAAGCCGAUCCACACCUACUCCUAGGUCUCAUCGGCAGAACCUGUCUCCGCUGCCAGCACAAAUUUUAAUUCACUGUUUCACUGACACCAUUAGUCGAGAUAAAAUUCUGAUUUUUUUGUAGUACUUUUAAACAUCACACUAUUACCACAGAUGGUACGAAACAAAAGUGGACUGUUAUUUAAUGGCUUGGUAGAAAAAUAUAAUACCCAGCAAAAUAAGUUUACAUUCGUUAAGUUAAAAAAGUGAAUCGCUUUCUAUUAUUUAUUGGUCACGUGAGUUCUGUCAGCGCGAAAGUUUGAGAUAGUAAACCAUAUUUUAUGAAAACAAUUUUUUAGAGUGAUCGGUUUGUUCAGAAUCGAAGUGGAAAAGAACCGCAAUUUAAGAUAUGGGGUUAUGUCGCUAGCUGGACCUAUUGAAUGUAAUCCUACAGAUAAAGUUUAAGAUUUUCCAAUCUCCAAAAUAAUAAUAGUAACAAUGAUUUAUAAUUAAACAAUAACAAUUAUGGUGGUUUAAUAUCAGCGAUGCUCGGCAUCGGAUGACUCGUGUGUUGCCCAGCAGGCCACUGGCAGUCUAUGGUAUUCUUCGGUCGCUGCAUUAGACUUACUGAAGUAUUGAUCAUGCCAAAGAACCUGUCCUUUCUAUUGUAAAUAGCGUUUAUAUUGAAGAUACAUCAAAUACAUGAUUCUUCACCACAUUCAUUACAAUCUUGUUGUUGCUUAGAUUUAAGUCCAAUCAAUAUCAGUCAGCCAAGUAGAGGAUAUUUAGGUUUUUAUAAUCAAACUGUCGUAUUCCACUGUCCUUAGCAAAUAGACUGUGUUUUAUACUGAUGCCAUUUACUAUUUUACACAUGUUUUAUAUAAGAGUAAUAACUUUUAAUUUUCAAGGAUUUGUCUACAUUGUGAAUUAUUUAUUUUGUUGGAUUUUCUUAUGUAUACUACAACAAAAUAUUUACACAUAAGUUUAGCCAUAUUUUUCUAAGUUAACAUUUUUAACCUACUCUUAUAACAGUGAAAUUAUUUUGGAUCACCCAGAGUUGUGAUGGUGUGAGACGUUUGUAAGGAUACAAAGAAAAUUAAUUAUGUACUAUUUUUCCAGCUGUUAGUUAAUACUACAGUAAUAAUUAAUUAUACAUUCUUUGAAUCUUGAAUUUUUAAUUAUGAAAAGCACUUAAUUGUGGUAUUGACCACAUUACUAAUAGUAAAUAUUGGUUGUAAACAUAGUGCUUUAAUUUCAAUAUUGUUUAACUAAAGCAUUGCGUUUACCAUCAUUAUUUCUAGCGUUAAUUCCUUUUUGAAUUUCCCUACACAAUGAGAAUGCAGAAAUAGAGAAUGGAGAACUAGACAGAGUGAACGAAUGUAACUUAGCACCUUUGGUAGUUCCACUUGUACUUCACAGAAUGAUUGUACACAAAUGAACGAGAGAAUGCAGAAAUAGACAGAGUGGGAAGAAUGUAACUUAUCACUUCUGGUAGUUCCACUCUUACUUCACAGAAUGAUUGUACACAAAUGAACGAGAAAAUGCAGAAAUAGACAGAGUGGGAAGAAUGUAACUUAUCACUUCUGGUAGUUCCACUCUUACUUCACAGAAUGAUUGUACACAAAUGAACGAGAGAAUGCAGAAAUAGACAGAGUGGGAAGAAUGUAACUUAUCACUUCUGGUAGUUCCACUCUUACUUCACAGAAUGAUUGUACACAAAUGAACGAGAGAAUGCAGAAAUAGACAGAGUGGGAAGAAUGUAACUUAUCAUUUCUGGUAGUUCCACUCUUACUUCACAGAAUGAUUGUACACAAAUGAACGAGAGAAUGCAGAAAUAGACAGAGUGGGAAGAAUGUAACUUAUCACUUCUGGUAGUUCCACUCUUACUUCACAGAAUGAUUGUACACAAACGAACGAGAGAAUGCAGAAAUAGACAGAGUGGGAAGAAUGUAACUUAUCACUUCUGGUAGUUCCACUCUUACUUCACAGAAUGAUUGUACACAAAUGAACGAGAGAAUGCAGAAAUAGACAGAGUGGGAAGAAUGUAACUUAUCACUUCUGGUAGUUCCACUCUUACUUCACAGAAUGAUUGUACACAAAUGAACGAGAGAAUG